AUAUUUAUUUAUUUAUUUAUUUCUUCAUUAGGUAAACGUGAGAGGAUAGAGUUUGCCCAAACUGUCAAUAAAUAUGACAGACGAUUCAAAUGCACCAAAAGAGAUCUUCUACUGUCAGCACAAUUUGUGUACCUCAUUGGUAGAGAAAAAAUAAAGAAAGGAUCACAUAAAGGUCAGUUUGUUGAAGUUGUGAAGAGGAAACUUCCACUUGAGACAAUAACAGCUGUAUCUAUGAGUCCCUUGCAAAAUGAUUUCUUUGUGAUUCAUGUUGCUAAUGAUUUUGAUUCAGUCUUGGAGUCUGUUCUUAAAACUGAAUUCUUGACUCUCCUCUCUGAGAAAUAUAAACACUUAACACAAAACCAACUGAAGUUCCAAUUCAACAACAAUAUAACAGUGACACUCAAGAAGGAGGAGUUUGACUGGAGAGGAGGGAACACUCGUACUAUGCAGUUCCAUCAAGCAGGAGGUGAUAAUCCUGUUCUUAAACUCUCAGGGAAGACUCUUCAAGUCUCCAUUGGUCCAGAAUUACCCAGCAGUACUAGACCAUCCCAUCAGAGACUACCAGCUACCAAAGGAGGGAAGAGGCCAGGACUAGCAGCUCCUUCUUAUCAGCAACAAUCAAGAGGACCCCAACAGAAUUUG